GAUUCAUUGAGUUAUUGCAUGAAGACGAAGCAGGCCGUGUCGGGUAGAGACGCCAGCGCUACACGUAGAUGCAUAUGCUGACACGCUGAUAGAGCCGCGCACGGGAUCCAAGGAACGUCUUGCUUUCUUCAAGGUCUUCUCAAUAGAAUGGGCCGACAUGGUGUCCAACGAUGAUUGGAUCAAACAGCAGCCGAGCACGAGCAUCGGAGGCGAAGCGGCCAGCUCAAAGUCUCGGAAGCCAGAUACCGAUGCGCCGAAACCAUCGAUUCCUAAGGAAGGGCAGCGAUCGGUCAUGGCGCAUAAUUCUGCCGGUCAGCCGCUCUCAUCACCCUGCUUUGUGCAUGCAUGUCUCGACCGUGGAGUCUGCGCAAACACCCCGACCGUCUCUUCAAGCGCUGUUGCUGUAUCAAAUCCUGGCGGGGCUGGGAAUGCUCGCGAACGACGCUAUGCUAUCUCGCCAAUUAGCGAGCGUGAGAAGAUACCUCGACGCUCGAUGAGCAGCGAUAGCACUCAUAGUUGCAGCAAGGCUGCAGAAGCUCAAGGCACUUCUUUGGCAGAGCCACCUGCUCCAAAAAUUGAUGCGCCCUUGAUUGGAAAUUCAGUUGCAGACCCUGGGGCUGAGACUCCGCGCAUCAGUGAAUGGAGCAAAGACAUGCGACAUGCAUAUUUCGAGGAGAAUCCGACAUCCUCCGUGCUACCUGGGAUCCAAACCUCUCUGGAAGCAAGUCAAGCAGGCAGUGAGGCGGCCCAGUCCGAGGAGAAAGGGCUCUCUCGUACCAAGAGUGCUGAUGGGCAUUCGGACAGCGAUGGCACUGUCAUACGUGCGAAAGGAAACAGCAAGAGGGAGGCACAGUUUCAGCGCCUCAUACAUGCUGGCGCAAUGGGGCGAUAUGAUGAAGAGCCCGAGCACCAGGACCGCAGCGACGAUUCUCACGAUGAGAUACACGACUCAGAUGUUUCGGACGGUAGCUCUUACCUUCUAUCCAGCGGCGAAGAAGACUCGGAUGACAGAGUCCGCAGCUUGACGCGACAACUGGCCGAGACGGCUGUCGGUGUGCGUGAGAUGUCCAAGCAGCUGGGGCGAGCGCGUGUCAAAUCGACCAUCCAAAGCGUCCUCAUCAUCACCAAAGCGCGAGACAAUCAGCUAAUCAAACUCACGCGCGAUCUGGCGAUUUGGCUUAUGCGGACACCAAGAAAUGGGAGAGAGACGGGCUUGAUCGUCUACGUCGACUCGCAGCUCAAAGCCUCGAAACGCUUCGAUGUCGAGGGUAUCAAACGUGAUUUUCCCGCCUUAUUUGAGCCAAUAAUACACCCAAACGCAAACCAACCACAUGGCCAUGGUCAGCGUAGGGCGAGCAGCUUCGCCAGCACGCCUUCCAGUGGCACUUCCUCCUCCAGCAGCGAUGCCGACGGCAACGCGAUCGGCUUCAAUCUCGCGAAUAUUAUGACAAGUCCGAAUGGACAUGGACUUUUCAAGGGAGAAGGGCAGCUGAGAUACUGGACGGCUGAGAUGUGCAGUCGCCAUCCUCAGCUUUUCGACUUUGUCGUCACGCUCGGCGGUGAUGGAACAGUUUUGUUCGCCUCCUGGAUGUUUCAACGAAUCGUCCCUCCCGUGCUUCCCUUCUCCCUCGGUUCCCUCGGGUUCCUGACUAACUUCAACUUUGAGGACUACGCUAAGGUGAUGAAAUCAGCCCUCGAAGAUGGUAUCCGCGUCAAUUUGCGCAUGCGAUUCACCGCGACCGUCUAUCGAGCCGUCAUGCCAACUUCGGAGACGGUAGAGGAGGACCGUCGGCGUGCGAUCAAGUCCGGUCGAACGGGCGAGAUCAUAAUGCGGAAUAUUCAGGAAGGCGGGUGGGACAGGAUCGAGACGCCCUGCCCUGGUGAGCCGGGAUGGAUGGGCGGCCAAGCGCAGCGCGAGAAAUGCGCAAGGAGGGACAAGGAGGUGAUGUGCUUUCCAACCCGGCCAGUCGAGACGUUCGAAGUGCUCAACGAUCUUGUUGUUGAUCGUGGACCCAGUCCGUACGUCAGCCUGCUGGAAAUCUUUGGCGAUGAGCACCACAUGACGACAGCACAAGCGGAUGGCAUCUGCAUCGCUACACCGACCGGAUCGACAGCAUACUCGCUCGCUGCUGGUGGCUCUCUCGCUCAUCCUGAGAUCCCGGCUAUCCUCAUCACACCCAUCUGCCCACAUACACUUAGCUUCCGGCCGAUGCUGUUGCCGGACAGCAUGGAGGUACGCAUCAUGGUGCCGUACAAUUCGAGAAGUACCGCCUGGGCCAGUUUCGAUGGUCGUGGCAGAGUCGAGUUGAAACAAGGGGACCACAUCAAAGUAUCUGCCUCGCGCUACCCUUUCCCUACUGUCUGCGCUGAGAAUCAGUCCAUUGACUGGUUCCGAUCGAUCUCGCGGACACUCAAGUGGAAUGAGAGACAGCGGCAGAAGAGCUUUGUCGUCGUCGAAGAGAACGCAGACCAGAAGGGUGAAACCCGUGUGUCUGGCAUGCGAGCAGGCGCGCAGACGGCUGUUGGCGCUGGUAGCGCUGGCACCUCAAAAGGCAAAUACCUUAGCGGCUCUACCAAAGUGGACAGCCUUGCCAAGUUUGCGCUUGGAAAGAGCGAUGAUGAGAAUUUCGACAUACAAGAGACAAGUCAAGCGAACACGCGCGCGAACAGCCCACAGCCGCCGAACGCGGACGGGCCAAAGCGACGCUCAUCGACGCAUCGAAGCAAAUUGCCCUCAUCCUCGGACUGCGGGGUUGGAAAUCGGACCUAUGUGAAUACGCCCAUCGCGUCCCGAAGGCCCGCGGAUGCACUGCCCCGGCUCUCAGCCAUGACGCCUAGUCAAUUCGCCAAUUCGCUGGGGAGACGCUCGGAUGCUCACGCAUGCAUAAACAGCGGAAGUAGUACCAGCAGCGCGCAUAAACUCCUGACUGUUGCGGUCAACGCGGACCAUGUAGUCACCAAUGCUGGUGAUGCUUCUCCUGCUCCGUACUCGAGCCCAGACCGCUUUGGCAAAGCCGGCCCUCCAGAACCGCCGCAAGCAUUAUCUGAACGCCAUCUCGCUACGGCUGACUUCCGACUGCCGCCAUCGGAAACGAGUUUUUCCGUCUCGCCAGACACGGCCAGAAAGAAUGGUACCAAGCAGUCCGGCACCGGUCAGGGUACGAAAGGAGAUACAGGUGGUGCGGAAGGAAGGAGCGCAUUGCCUACGCCCAUGACGAGCUUGUUCUUGGCCAGGGAGAAGAUUUGUCCGCUGGCAGCUGCCUCGCACGCCGUGCGCGGCGCGACAGAUACACUCACGCCCGCCUCGCUACUGUCUGGCCAUUCAUCAGCGGGGAGGACGAAGAAGCUUCGACCUGGCUCCAAGCGGCGCGGAGGGGCAGCUGGGGAUGCUUCGGGAGUGAGUGGAGGAGGGGCGUUAGCAGCAGGCGGGGGCGUGGCGGGCGAAGGAUCUAGUCAGGCGCAAGGUGCGCAAAAUCCUGAAGGGUUAUCGAGGAAGGAGAGCAAUCAGCCUGGUGGCCGCACUGCCCUAGUGGUUUACGGCGACGACGACAGCGACUCUGAAUCCGGCGGAGAAGAGAGGUGGUAGCCGUACUUGUUCUGGGAGCCCAUGUACUCUUCUGCUAUGGACCCGAAUCACCUGAUAGUACAAGAUGC